AUGUCUCCUAUUCAUGAACGCGCAAAAUCUAACCAAAAAUUUAUUAAGCGAAACCAAAAUUUAACUAAAAAAAUAUCAUCAAUUCUAUGGCUAUCAUCUCAUCAAAAACAGAAACAACAGAAACAAUUGGGAUCAAGACAAUUGGAACCCGUUGCGGUGAUCGAUAAAAAUCUUCCUGUACCGGAUAUUAUUGGCCAUAACUUGAACGGAUUGACCAAUGGAGAAAAGGUUACAUACUUUGAUGAUAAACGUCUUGCUAAUGAUUUCAAAAUCGGAAUUAUAACUUUACUCCAUAGACCAAAACAUCGUUCCAAGGAUAAAAUAUCAAUGGAAGAAAUAAUUCUCGCGAUACCAUCUCUUAAACAAAAAAUUAAAACUUAUCGACCAAAAUUCGUAUGCUUUAAUGGUAUGGCAGCUUACGAAGCAUUUAUAGAACAUGAAUUUCGUUCCACAAUGAAUGUGAAGAAUAAAUGGAAAUUUGGAUUACAAUCCAAUAUAAUUACUUGGGAUGCCACCAAAUCACAAUAUUCGAGUUAUAAAAAUACUCGAAAUUAUGCGGAUUUAUCAAAUCAACCUGCAUCUGGAUAUACAAAAAUAUUUGUAUGCAUGUCAACAAGUGGACGUAUUAUGAAUGAUCAACGAGAUGAACAGAUUAACCAUUUUAAAGAAUUGAUGAUUCUUUUAAAUACUGAAAAUGAUUUACAAAAUGAUUCGGAAUUUCCUGAUGUUACCAUGGUAUCAGAUAUUGGUAACCAAGAUAUGAAGAAUAAUAAUUUUGACUCAUUAAAUAGUGUUAAUGAUGUCAAAAAUAGUUAUUGUUCUGAUAAUAUUGAAGAAGAAAUCAUUAAAUUAAUUCGGGAUUUCCAAAAUGAAUUUGAAAUUAAUUAUUAUACGAAAAAUCCGGUUCCGUAUUUUUUAAAUGAUCAAAAUAUACGGAAUGACGUUGAUGAUAUUGUUUCUUGUGAUGAACAAGAAAGAAUAAAGUGCUACUAUAAGCAGAGUGAUAAUAAAGAACUGUGUGAUCAACGAGAUUUUACUCCACCUAAAUCGUUUAAGGCUAUAAAGUGGUAA